AUGGCUGACGCGUCGUCGACAGUGCGCAUGAAAAAAAUACCCGAUAAUCUGUACGAGGUGUGUUUGACGAAUUUAGUGAACUAUUUGCAGAAAUCUAAGUGCGAAAGAAAUGAUUUGCGGUCUUUACCAGAUAGCAUCCUCAUGGAUGUUUAUUACAAGAUGCUCCAGGAGAAACGGCUAUGCAUCCUGGGCGCGGAACUCUCUGAGCUGGACAUCUUCGAGCGGUUAUUGCGAUUCUCCGGCGCUCAACUGCGACUGCUACAGUGUUUUCAGGCGGUGAUUGAACACGGGUCUAAACUAUCCGCAGAACUAGCUAGCGGGUACUUGGCAAGAUGUGAUGCCAACACAAAAACACAAAACUCUCUAAUACAACUUGGCCUCAGAUUGGGUGGGUUCCUCAACGAGGCGGGCUGGUAUGCAGACGCACAACGCGUCUUGCUGCGAUGUCGCGAUCUCUGUCAAGCGCAACCGCAGACCACACAAUACAAACGUCUGACGCUGGAAUGCUGUCACAGAUUACUUAAUACACAGUCAGCGUACUGCUGUUUCCCGGCCGCCGCGGAGACGUACGCCCUAGCGUUAAAACUACUAGGCUUGGAAGACAGGCCAGACAAACUGCCCACAGAUGCCUUCUCAGAAGAGAUUUGCUCCAAAGCUUUACAAGAUGACGAUGAGAUACAAGAUUCAACGUGCGCGGAGGCGGGGGCGGGUGCGGACGGGGACGCGUGUGGCGCGUGGCGCGCGUCCACGCUGCUGGCGCGCCUCUGCAAGGAGUUCAGCGCGCUGUUCUUCGUGCGCUGCGACUACAGCGCCGCGCACCGCUGGAGCAUGCUCGCGCUGCAGCUGCUCACGCCGCACACGCCCGUCAAAAUAACGAUCGAAGUUCUCCGCGCGUGCGGCAAGGCGUGCGUGGUGAAGCGGCGGUUCUCGGAGGCGGGGCUGCUGGUGCGGCAGGGCGUGGCGCUGGCGCGCGCGGCCUUCGGCGCCGCGCACCCGCGCUACGCCGCCGCGCUGCUCGACUACGGCUUCUACCUCCUCAACGUGGACUCCAUCACGCACAGUGUCGCCGUUUAUGAGGAGGCGCUGAGCACGCUGCGGCGCGUGUUCGGGCGCAGCAGCCUGCACGUGGCCACGGCGCAGGAGGACCUCGCGUACGCGCUCUACGUGCUGGAGUACUCCUCGGGCCGCUUCUACAAGGCGCGCGACCACGCCGAGCGCGCCAUACGCAUCAUAGAGAACCUGGUGCCGCCCGACCACCUGCUGCUGGCGUCGGCCAAGCGCGUGAAGGCGCUCAUCCUGGAGGAGAUCGCGCUCGACACCCCCGCCGGGCAGGAGAUGAGGGAACCAAGUCUGUUAGAAGAAUCCGAAUCGCUACACAAGGCGGCCCUCGAUUUGAGCAUGAUGGCCUUCGGGGAGAAGAACGUACAGACAGCGAAGCAUUACGGCAACCUGGGGAGGCUCUAUCAGAGCAUGCAGAAGUUUCAGGAUGCGGAGACGAUGCACCUGAAGGCGAUAGCGAUCAAGGAGGAGCUGUUGGGGCCCGAGGACUACGAGGUGGGGCUCAGCGUGGGGCACCUCGCCUCCCUCUACAACUACCACAUGAACAUGCACCGCGCCGCUGAGAAACUGUAUCUCAGAUCUAUAUCCAUCAGUCUGAAGCUGUUCGGUGAGCGCUACUCGGGGCUGGAGUACGACUACCGCGGGCUGGUGCACGUGUUCACGCAGCUCAAGCGCCACGACCGCGCGCGCCACUACAACGCGCUGCUGCAGCAUUGGCAUGAUCUCAGAGAGCAAUCUAAAGCGGAACAACAGCCCGCCAUCGGCGACGAGAAGGUGAUCCCGCUCGACCAACUGCAGUCCAAGUUCUUCAACUCGCAGGAGUCCGCCGAAGCCCAC